AUGUACGAUAGACAGAUCAUUCGUAUCUGUGGGUAUCGAAUCUCUUCAUGGAAUGAUAGCGGCCGGCAACAAAAUCCAGACAAAGUGCCUUCCAGAAUCAUAUACGAUGACAAAGGUGAAGUAACAGAUUGGGGGUUUGCCACUCCAACCGACCGCACAACUUUGGUGCCGUGGUUCAAAUUCCUUCUCUCUGACGAAGCCCUGCGAAAAGGAGGAGAGAAGGUAGCCGAAGCGCAAGCUGCACUGAAGAGGCUGAAGAAAGACGCCGUGGAUGUCGUUGCCGUUUAUUUACGGCAGCUAUGGCUUCAUGCCGUUGAGCGAAUCGAGCUCAAGCUCACCCAAAUUUCCUUUGAAAAUAUGGACAUAAGGGUUGUCCUGACAGCCAAGUCCAGGGCAUUUGAUAAUGACUGGGAACAUGGUAUCAAGAGAGCUUACGCUGGAUCAGAUCAGACAUUUCCGGUGAACAUUGUCGGCUUCAAACAAACGAGAUGGUCUCUUUUGAAAGACACCAAGCUCCAGAAUCAUUCUUGA